AUGGAGUGCCCAAGAAUAGUGGUAAAUCCCAAGCCCUCAUUUCUCACUUACAGUCUACACGAGGCUCCUCGAGAAGCAUUACCAGAUGUUGCAUUGGAUGAUGCAUUUGUGAAAGAUAUUGAUCCUGCGACAUGGCUUGUUAGAGGAGUUUUGCAGAAUCCGGCAUCCGCCUCAUUAUCCUUGAACUCCAAUGAGCUGCCAAUAGCAGAGAAGUUCAGACUAGCGUUUGCAGAGAGCGAUGCACGAUUGGCCCCUAAACGGCGAACUUUCAAUAUCGCUGCAAUUUUAUCAGCUAAAUUUUCAACAAAUGAUUAUGCGGAUGAUGAGAUAAUCGAACAUCCUUCGGGAGUGCACUCUGGUUGGGCGGCCUUGGCAACGAGAGGUGUCCACAAAAUGGUCAUGAGCAUUGGUUGGAAUCCUUAUUUCAACAACACCGUCAAAACUAUUGCUAAUUUCCCUUCAGUGGAGAAUCUCGUUGCAAAGAGAGCUCUUGAUCUUCCAUCUUAUGCGAAGUUCAAGGAUGAGCCAUGUCUGACGAAAAUGGUUAAAUCAGUUAUGUAA